AUGCCCGCGCGGGGAGGGGGUCGACAUGUCGGGCAAGGCCGCGGGGGUUACUGGGAACGUCUCUCAGAGCACCUCGCACUCCCAGCCAUCGUGCAGCUGAGUCUCUUUUUUUGCUCGCGCUCAAUCGGGCAAGUCACCAGGUUACCGUGGUGGCCACCGGGGCUGUGGUACAUGCAAAGACGUGCUGACAAUUUGAAGUUUAGUGCCUGGGUAGUCCAAUCACCUGGAUUAUCGAAGAGAUCUGACCCCCGCCGCAACGCCGCCAUCGUGCACGAGUCAACUCAGCAGGAGGACCACCGUGUAGACUUCAUUUCUUCCACCUCUUGUCCGCCGUCCGUGUCGCUUCGCCGCUGUCCGUAUCGUCUCGCCACCGCCAUUCUUACCGUAUUCGCUCGCCGCCGCCAUCCGCCGUUCGCAUCAUCCCAAAAUUGCCGUUCGCUGUCCGCCGUCCGUAUCGUAUCGUCGCCGUCGUUCGCCCUUCGUAUCGUCUCUCCGCUCGCCGUUCACAUCGAUUCGCCGCUGUCACCCGCCGUUCGUCUCGCGUUGUCACCCUCGCCGUCGCAUCGUCCUGUUGCCGUCGUCUCUUUAUCAUCCUUCACCCCACGGUUGAUCUCCAUCAUUAUCCCUCGAUCUCGCACUUGUCCUUGCCUCUCCCUUAGGUAG